ACACCUACACAAAUACACAUGAACAUUAAGAUAAAUGAAAAUUUUAAGAAUUGAAUAUUAUAGGUAAUUUAGUAAUUGAGAUAUAACAUACACUUGUGAAAUAGCUGCGUCUCUAUGUGCACAUGUAUACAAACAAACCUCUGUCCUUCCUAUCUCAUCUCUACACUUACCAAUGUAUAUAUAUAUACCAAUUCAUAUUGUUCUGCUAUGUACAUAAACACGCAUUAUUAGCCAUAUGGAUAGAUAGAUAGAUAGAUAUGUAUAGAUUCAUUUGUAUGCAUAAAUGAUUAAAGUGGGUAGACAAUUAAUGAACUUAAUAGUCUGUACAUAGUCAAUUAUUAUUAUCAUUAUCAUUACCACUGUUAGUAUACGUGUAACCACCUGUUCAAUUUUCAAUGAUGAUAAGAUUUUGUAAUCUUGAAUGUAUUUUAUCAAAGUUUAAAUUUUAGGCAAUACCAUGACAACAGUGAAAGCAAUACCAGAAGUUAUAACACCAACAACAAAAGGAGUAGCCAUUCAAGAUUAAUAUUUUUUUUUUUUAAAGAAAGAGCCUAUUUCAAAUAUAUUUAAUAAAACAAAACUAACAUAUGCCUAAUAAUGUGUUACUAGGUGUUUGAAAUCCAGUCAAUGUUCAGUGCAUUCAUAUUAAAACAAACUAAAUCAUGAGCUGUGCCCAGAUUACUAUUCAAGAGUAUAUUUUAACAAAACCCUAUACAUCAAUGAAUAAUAAUAAUUAUUCUACAGAUGAUUCAUCCGAUUCACAAGUCAUCCCGGCUCAAAGUGACGAUGGUGGUCGUGGUGGCGAUGGUGUUGUUGAAGGUAAUGCGUCAGGAAAGGUGGUCGGAGAACAAGAAUUAUGGAAAAUGUCACCAGUGGUACAAGAAGAAAUUGAAUCAGAAAGUGAUGUGAUGAACUCGAUAAGCAACGAUUACAAGGUUGAUCAAUCUGAAUGUUGUAAACAAUCACCAUCUGAAUAUCAGUUGAAUAAACCUGAAGUGCUAAUGAUAAAGGAAAAUAUACAUCAGACUAAUUCCGAUCUUUGCGGUAAAGGAUUUGACGAUACAAAUAAUGCAGGCGGUCAAUUUGUUUCAAUCUCCUUAGCUGAUUAUCUCGACGAAUUAACCAAGCAAUCAGAAAUACCUGGGAAAAAAUUUCAUAAAUUAUUAUUACCUCGUGAAGGGAUCAGUCAAUUUCAAGCGUCACACAAAAAAAUGAUUUAUCCCUUGAACAGUAAUAAAUCUCAUCUGUCGACAUCUUCAAUAUCAUCGUUAUCAACACAACAGUUUGAUUUAAACAAUAAUAAUAAUAAUGAUAAUGAUAAUAACAAAGAUAAUAAUGAUGAUUCGAUCGAUGAACAUUUAGACAAUAAUCAAGAUCAUAAUAAUAAAAACAAUCAUUCCAAGCCAUCAUUCUCAAUGGAUUAUUAUAAUUAUUUGAAAAAGAGACGUGUAUUUCUAAUUGACAGACUGUUAAGUCGUUACAGUGAAUUAAUAAAGUUGUUGAAUGAAGAAUUAGAGUUAACUGGACGUCCACCAACAAAUUAUCUACAGUAUACACAUGCCUAUUAUGAAGUACAAGAAGCUUUCAGACGAAUACACGCAAAUGAAUUAACAAACAAUUCUAACAAUGUGAAUAGUAAUGCAUAUAAAACUGAUGAUUCAAAUCUGCAUAUAACUGAUAAGGAUCAGUUAUCAAAAUGCCUAAAUACAAUUCACGUUCGUGGUAGCCGACUUCAAGAGACUGGAUUCAUGUUGUCACCAAGAGUAAUUCGUAAAGCAAGUAUCAAACUUUCACCAUCAGUUAACUGUUUGCUUAAAAGCAGUCAUUCAUCCCUAUUUAUAGAUGAUUUAGUCAAUCAAAAUCGUGACCAGGUAGUACGGAAAUGUGAUGGUUAUUCAAAUCAAAACAUGAACAACUCAAAGAAUCUUAAUUACCCUACAAAAGAAUAUUCCCAAGAAACACUGAAUUCAACACGAUCAACUAAAAAGUUACAAAAUGAAAACUGUAUUAUACAAAAAUUUAAUAAAUCUCUUCCAUUGACGUUUAAACCACGAUUUAAAAGUAAUUUACUACAAUUCAAUAAUGAAUUAUGCACAUCUGCGUCUAGUCCAUCUUUGUGUGAUUCAGGUGUACUUCAGCGUCAAACAAUAAAUCAAUCGACAGGGAAACCAACAACACAACCUCAACUACUACCUUUACCACCAGCAACAGCAGCUUCAGUAACACAAACAGUUACAUCAUUGUCAACAACCCUGUCGUCAUCGUCAUCAUCAUCCUCUCCGUUGUGCUCAUUUUCGACAGGUUUGCUAAAUUAUAGUCAAUCAAUGAAUCUAAGAAAUUCUACAUCUAUAACCAAUGAAGUAGAUAGUCAAAAUUCUAAGCAGGAGGAGACUUUCGAUUUGUACAGUUGUAAAGAUAUACAAAAAGCUAUUUCAUGGCUUGAAGUUGAAUUGAAUGCAGUUAAAAAUAUUAUGCUGGCUAACAUGAAAUGUGCAAAUGAGAAUAGACGGAAUAGAACAUCACGUAAGGCUUACAGACUGGCUGUUAAGCGUAAUCAAGAAACUAUAAACAGUCUUCAGAAUCAAAUUCAUAGUCUACAAAUUUACGCUGAAAAACAUGAACCUUUAUGUAGAAACUCAAAAUAUGAAAAUGCAUCCGUGUCCAGCUCCAACCAUUCAAUGAGACAGUCUUCCUUAAGAAUUUCAACAUCCUCUUUAUCUUCUCCUUCGUGUUCCUAUUCUCCAUCAUCUUCACUCAUGAAUAGUUUAGUUAUUGUCAAUGAACAUGUAUCAAGUGGUCAGUCAACGCCUGGAGUUCAAUCAAAAGUUUAUACAGGUGGAAAAGAAAGUGCCAAGUUUCAGCACACACCGACUACAACUGUUCCAGUCAAUAUCUCUAAAAAUACCUCAUUAAUUCAAAGAAAUUGUAUAACUCCUAAUUUUGAUAUGAAGAACAACUGUCAUACUGGUAAAUCAAGAAAUUUACCAAUUACUUCAUCUCACAGUCAACUAAAUACUAGUACUGAAGUAAGUAGGAAUACAGAAAAAUUACCGAAAUCAUCAUCCACAUAUUUUGAAUCAAAUGAAUGCAAAGAAAGGGAUUUUUCUCGGAACAAUCUAAAUCCAGUUGAACAAACGGGUAUCCCAUUGUGUGGAACAACAACGACCACAACAGACAGUCAUGGAACACUAAUCAAGGAUGAUGUAGAUGAUAAUGAUGAUGGCUCGGAAAUAUAUUAUGAACACCAAAGAAACAAAGAUGAUUCAACUUCAUCAGUAUCAUCUCCAGCACCAAAAUCAAUAACUGUUGGAGAAAGAUGUCGAACGCCUAUUUCAAUUGAGCGUGAAACAGGCAAGUAUUUAUGUGAUAUCGCUAUACAAACAGAAAAUAAUGGAAGAUAUCAAGAAGAGAUUUUCGAAAAUGAUUCAAAUUUGCCGGGAGGUUCAAAUAAUCAUCCGUUACUAAGAAGACAUCAACAACAUCAACACGCGUUACCUGAUACAUCAGACAAGAUAAAAUAUAUUAAUAACACUUAUGAACCAUUUAUAACUAGUCUAUGCAUGAAUGAGAGUAAAUAUCAGCAAUUUAAACAAUUAAAUGAACAAAAGUGUAAUUUAAUAAUGCAUUUGUCAAAAUCCUCAAAGCGCCCAUCAUUAUCAUCUUCAUCAUCAUGGUCAUCAGCGAAUUCUUUAUGUUCAAUUAAUCUGGCUGGUCAUCCUAAUUCAACAGAGAAUAAUGGAUAUAUACCUAAUAUUCACAAGCCUUUACACAGCUCUCUUAGUACGCACAACAUUUGGAUCUCACCACAAAGAACUUUAGUUGAAGUUGAUCUACACGAUUCUAAUCGUGAGACUGAUCACAGAAAUCAAUCGAAUGGUACAAAAGAAGUAUCAAUUAGUCAGCACAACUGGAAUAACUAUACAAUUAAUAAAACGAAUUUAUACUAUCCACCUAAAGAGGUCAAACGACAACAAUCACCUGUUUUUGUCAGUGGAACAGGUAAACAUUGUCAGUAUUACUCUCCUAAUCAAUGUUUUGCAAAUCAAUCCACUCAAAAAGCAACUGAUUAUCCAACUAUACUUUUCCCAGGAUUAACAAAACAUGCUAUAGGCUCACGUGUAAAUUCAAUCAAUACAAUGACAAAAUGUGACAAAAUUUCUAGAGAAUUGUCAAAUCAAAGACGACUAAGUAAUCAAUCGCCUAAAAGUACUGAACGAACCCAGUUGAAAACUACUUUGAGUCAUUGUUAUUUUGAUACUGAAAAUACAAAUUCAAGUGAUCAUUUAUGGUAUGAACCAUGUGAACCGGAGAUGACAUCUAUGAAGCCGGGAUUUCAAUAAACAAAACAACAAAAAAAGUGCAAUUCAGGACAUCGUAUAUCAUAUACACAUAUAUUUGUACAUAUGUGUUGUUUAUCUAUGCUCACAUCAUGAAGAAAUAAAGAGUUACAACUGUAUAAAAGCUAUAUUAUCAGUGUGCAUAAUUAUGUAAUAUUAUCUAUUAUUAUUAUUAUUUAUAUACAAUUUUUAACUAAUAUUUUACAGGUAUUUUAUUGAUUUUGUCAGCUUAUGAUAAGUGUAUUACUUGUAUACAUCUACGAUCACCAUGUUUUCUAAAAUUGUGAACAAUUAAUAAAAACUUCUACGCCUUUUUAUUAUUCAUCGUGAUUUCUUAUCUUCUCAAUGAAGAGAAUCUUCCAUUUGAAGAAUACAAGACUUACUCCAGCCAAUGUGUUUUUUCGCCCAGCAACAUCUUUUCAUAGCAAAUGUGAUUUCCUCUCGUGUUAUAAUCAUCAAUCUUAUUCUAAUUAGCCAAAAAAAGAAAAAAAAACACAACCGUUUGAUGUCUUCUUAAAAUCUGUUUCUGUACAAAAAUCUUCAUUUAAUCUUUGUGAUUUUUUGCUUAGAAAAAAAAACCUAUCAUGAAAAUGUUCAACACAAUACCUGAUUGUUAAUUUCCUUAUUACCAACUAGAAAAUAAAAAUGAAUUCAUCAUUUUGUACAUGGUACAUUUAUAAUUACUAUUGAUUGACCAUUUUACCAAGGAAACCUGUGAUUGAUCGAUUGAUUGAUUGGUGAAGAUUAUAUUAUCCAAAUAAAAAUAAGAUAUUGAUAG